UAUAAAUUCAUUAUGAAUCAGAUAAAUCCUUAAAACAAUCAGCCUCCUUAAUAGUAGCCUGCAUCUAAUGAGACUUCUAAUGAUAAGAUAUAGAUUUAACUAAACUAACCAACAAAAGCACCAACUGGCAAUUAACCAUUUGAUCAAGAGAAGUAAGCCUAAAUACUAAUUUUAAUUAGAAGCCAUAAUUGGAAGUGCAUAUUGACACCUGAAUGGCCUCUUUUGGAUACCAACUACUUCAGAGACAAUUUCAAAAACAAUGAUGAUCCUUAAUUUGAUAUGUGAGAUUAGAGAAGCAAAUUCAAUAUCAAAGCCACAACCAAAUAAUCAAUGAAUAAAAAAUAUUUAAAAAUAAAAUAAACCAUUAAUUAAGUUUAAACAGGGAGAGAAGCUUUUUGUCCCAUUAUUACUUCCGAUUUAUUUUCAAUUUUAAAAAUCAAGUACAAGUUUAAGGUUCUAAUUAACUCAAGUGUGUCAAAUGGUUAAAAU